AUGCGUGGUUCGCUGCAGGACUCAGAAGGCUACAACUGCUCCCAGUAUCAGACUGAUAGCUGGUGCACUGCCGAUGGCAACCUGGGCACUGGCUGGCAGGCGAGGUGGAACGUGAUGGAGACCUACUGGCACGAUGGGUACACAGCUCUCAGUGCUUGCUGCGCUUGCGGUGGUGGGCAGGUCAAUCACAUCAAUGGCCUGUGGCAGGUGAUGCGAGGGCCCUGCACCAUCGAGGAUGAGUGCAUCCUGAGCCCGAACUAUCCGGGAAACUAUUCGGACAAUGAGCGUUGCACCAUCUUGGUGAAUAGCACACUGGCGAAGCCCCUGAAGACGAUCCACUGGGAUGUGGAGCACUGGUUCGACUACCUUCACAUCAACGGCAAUUUCUACAGUGGACGGAACGAUCCUCAAGGCGUCGUCCCAGCUGGCUCGAUCCAGUGGAGUGCGGACGAGGAUACCCAUGGCACUGGCUGGAAGCUCUGCGCGACCGAUGAGGCCAUGACUAGCACCACAACAGCGGGUGUGGCCGAAGUGACCGAGGCGGCCACCACCUCCGAGCCUAGCACGAGCUCUGCAACGCCGCCGGAGCCCGCGGCACCCGCAGAGCCGAUUCCCUGCCGGGACGUGGAGGGCUGGGCAGACUUGAGCGACUACCCUUGUGCCGAAUAUGUCCAGCGGGGGUGGUGCACCAGCACUGGCGGCAAAGGUUCAAACUGGGCAGAUGCUUGGGGCCAGUUCGAUGAUUACUGGCGCAAUGGCUACACAGCCCCGCAAGCUUGCUGCGGCUGCGGCGGCGGCCAGGUCCGCUCCGUCGUCGGAGCCUGGCAAGUCCUGCACGGUGCCUGCACCAUUGUGGAUAACUGCAUUCAGUCCCCCAACUAUCCUGCGAAUUACAGCAGCAAUGGGCGGUGUGCCAUAGUGUCAAACAGCAGCUUCAUGGCUCCUCUGCAGCUGGUGGAUUUCGCCACGGAGCGCUUUUACGAUAUCCUGACCAUCAACAACAUGCAGUUCAGUGGCCUCAGGAAGCCUUCCGGCAACUUGGCUCUACAGGGACCCGAGGGCUGCACAUUCAGGGCUCGGGGAGUAUAG